AUAAAUAUAAUAUUAACCAUAUUCAUCAACGUAUCCCUAGCAUCUUUACUUAUUCUAAUCGCAUUCUGAUUACCUCAAUUAAAUAUCUACACAGAAAAAGCAAGCCCAUAUGAAUGUGGCUUUGAUCCUCUAGGAUCAGCACGCCUACCAUUUUCUAUAAAAUUCUUCCUAGUAGCCAUUACAUUUUUACUGUUCGACCUAGAAAUUGCAUUACUACUACCACUACCAUGGGCCUCACAAUCAAAUAACCUAAAAACCACACUCACCAUAGCACUAGCCCUAAUCUCCCUAUUAGCCGUAAGCCUGGCCUAUGAAUGAACUGAAGAAGGCUUAGAAUGAAACGAAUA